AACUUAUUAAAUAGAUUAAAUGUUUCGAUUGAGUUAAUACGCACUUAGCAUUAUGGGACUUUUUUGUUUCAUUCAUCGAAAGAAGAAACGGAGGAGAGAAAAAGACAAAAGGGAAUCUGAACGAAAAUGCAAUCGAUGCUGUCUAAGUGGUGCUGAAUUUAUUGAAACUGAAAGGUGUGGAUGUAAGCUGCUACAACGAAGUUCUAUCCCUGUGACAUCUUCUCAUCCCGACAUCCCUUCGCGGAUGUCCCCGUGUCGUCCUCUGAUCCCACCGAGGCUGUGUUCCUCUCCUCCCCCGAUCCCUCCACGAUUGCCACUCUAUAAAGGCAGAACUUCGAAUCUGUUUGCCAGCAUAUCGGAGCUCCUCCAGAAGAAUGUUGGCUGGUACUGGGGUCCCUUAAAGAAGGAAGAAACUGAGCUGCUGUUGAGGGGAAGACCGGAUGGCUGCUUCCUCAUGCGAGACUCUAGCAGUCUCAGUCACGUGUUCAGUCUCUCGGUUGUUGUCGUUAAAAGAGAUAGACGGGGAGGAGAGACACGCGACGAUGUUUCGGGGGAUCAGCAGCAACAGUCACGUGACAGAGGAGGAGGAGGCGGGAGUACGGAGACGGAUGAAUACGGGGAUAAUAGAAGGGGUCGGAGGAGGAAAAGCAAGCGUAGAAUUGUGGACAUACGCAUAGAAUUCAUGAACAACGAGUUCCGUCUCAUGGCCAAUGACUUCUGCAGGUCCUACAGUUCCUUAGUUGAGAUGAUGGACAGUUCAGUUCAAUGUGUGAUCAGAGGGGACAGCUGUUUCGUCUCCCAGGCCAGCAGACCCACCCUGUCCCAGAUGGGGGUGGGGGUCGCUCCCACGCCCAUGAAGCUUCACUCGCACGUGUCUCGUCAUGAGGUUGUGGCUCCCCUCUCUUACCUGAGCAGGAUGAAGCUGCAUCAAGCGAAGGGGGACUCGUCUGUAGCUGGUAGCGAUGGCGGUGUUGUGGCGGGGGUUGAUGAUGGAGCUCAGCUGGAGUUGCAACAGCAGAUAACGCAUCAGGCUGAUUUAUUACCAGUCACUCUGAGUAACUACGUAAAGAGCUGCCCUUUCUACGAUCCUCUAUUAGUUCAGAUAGCUCUUCAAAAAAAGUCCGCGAAAGCAAUCACUUGGACGGUACAAAAAAGACAGGUUCAAACAGAGUCUGUUCGAUCACCGCACUUUUCGAUUGAAAAAUAUCAGUAUCCAGUCGAAAUACGAUUAUUAGUUACAAACAAACUAACCCUUAUCUCAUUGGAUACCAAGCGAAUCUUUUUAGGCGGCCUUGUUACCGCAAUUCCGUGUGGUAAUUUUUUUUACUAUUGAAGAUGAGUUCGUUAAACAAAUCAUUGAUGAAGAAAAUUUGGAAGGCAGUUUACAAGAGGACCAAAAUUGUGUGUACAGUCCGAUUUACUCUGUGCCUGAUCAAGGCUUAUGACAAUGUCGCUUCAGUAAAAGAGAGCUUGGUUGUGAUAUUGCUGGUAGUUCAAGAAUUGUAGAAAGACCAUAUGCCCAAAACCCUUAUAUUUGUUUUGAAGCAUGGGAAGAAAGGGACAAAGAGGAGAGCGAUAAGAGUGGGUCAGAGUUCAGUGGAGAAAGUUACAAUUCACUAGUAAUUUUUCAUAAUCAAAUUUUAUACUUUUGUUCACUCUACUUAAAAUUUGGUUUCUAUCAUUUACCGCGCUUAACUUGAUUUCAUUAAAUACAACUCUUUUUCAUUUAAGUUGAAUAUAAAUAGCCCCUCUAGUUUCACUUAACAAUCUUAGCGGCAGUAUUAAAUUCAGUCAAGCAAAGUAAUCCCCAAGAUCGAAACCGACUUUUAGAAAUCUGUUGGAUAGGGGACGAAAUCUGUUAAUUAAAUAAAUAGGACGAAAUCUGUGCCAAUCGUUCAGAUACAGUUCAAUACUACCAUAUCAUCACUUCAAGCGGGUACCAUUAGACCAUAGGCAGUGGCGUCCGCAGAAAUUUUUUUGGUGGUGGGGGGGACGGUU